AUGGCCUUUGGCUGUGCCAUCUUCGCGCUGCUGACGAACAAAUUUGGCGUCAAGAACGUCCUCAUCGUCGGAACUCUGGGCUGCGCGCCUUAUUCGGCAGACCUACAUAUCAACAACCAUUACGAAGUCGAAUGGUUUGUCCUGCUCGGAGCGGCCACUUGUGGUCUCGGCGCGUCUGCUCUGUGGGGAUCUGAGGGUGCCAUCGCACUGGGCUAUGGGGCCGUGAAAGAUCGUGGCAAGUUCAGCUUCAACCGGAACUCGACGUACCUGGGCAUCUACCAGACGAGGUACUUCUCAGCUCUAGCUCGUACCUUGGCAUCCCUGACUCCAGGCAUCGCAGCCUCCGUGGCAGAAAUCUUCUGGGGCUGCUUCUUCGAUCUCAAAAUCUGGAGCCGGCCUCAGCUCGCCAAGAUCACCUGGGGAUUCUUCUCGGUCAUCAUGAUGUCCGUCUUCGCGUGGCAGGUGGGCAACGAACAUGAGUACGCCAACACGACCCCGUCGGUCACUAUCGACUGGGAUCCGCCCGGCUUUGGACGCGGCUUCGCCUGCAUGACCCUGACCCUGACUGCGGGGAUUGUCUGCUCCUUUAAUUCCGUCGGCUCCUGUCUGGCCUUUGGCAUCGGUGCCGCCAAGGUCAUGCCCAUGGUGAACCUCGCCAUCGUGUUCGCCAUGUUUGGCAUCACAGUGCCGGCGACGACAUUUGCGGUGCUGCUCGAACCAGGACGUCCAGAGCACAACGUUCUGGGCGAGACGUCUGCUUUUGAGUCGUCAACUCAGGAAGGAGAUAUUCGCGUAGCCCUCCUGCUGUCGAAAUCACAGCACUACGAUUCAAACGUUUCCCAACGAUUACGGAAUAUGGACAACCACGAUGCCCGUAUUGCGUUGGGCCCUCAAAUCCUGUAUCCUGCCCGCCACGUCUCACAGAACAUUGAGAACAGCGAGGGAGGAGCAUUUGACCCGCAACUUGAGGCGACUGCGAUAAUAGGCCAAAAGGGUCCCGGUGUAAACACUGCGAGUGGGUUGGGUUGGCGGCAGUCGCUGCACCUGGGCCUCACCAACGAUCUCCGACCAGGCUACCGUCCAUCCCCCACAACCAUCUCCACGUGUCUCAUCUUCAUCACCUUCACACGAUUGUCAAUAGUGUUUGUCAACAGCGCAGCGCAUACAGCCGCAAUGGCCAGCUUCGGAAAAGCCACCGAAGGCGUCACGCUUUAUCUGCUGUUUCUCAUCGCCACCGCGACAGUGGGCACACUUCAAUACGGCUAUCACUUGGCCGAGCUGAAUGCUCCCGAAGAUGUCAUGACUUGCAGAAGGAAAUCCAUCUUUGGGGAUCCUAAUAAGCCCAACGACCCUGCCAACUGCAUACCCAUGUCAAAGGCGGUUUUUGGUGUCGUCACCUCCAUCUUCACCCUCGGAGGCUUGAUCGGGGCACUCUACUCAGGGCCUCUGUCUUCGCGUCGAGGUCGACGGCCAACAUUGAUAUUGACGGCUGGAGUCUACGCGAUUGGCUCGACCAUCGAAGCGCUGGCGCCGGCUGUCUGGGUCCUCUGCAUUGGACGGGUCAUUUCUGGGAUUGGAGCAGGCGCCGCGACCGUUGUCGUCCCCCUAUACAUUAGCGAAGUCGCACCUCCAGCGCAACGUGGCUUCUUCGGCGUCAUGACGCAAGUGUCUAUCAACAUCGGCAUCCUCGUCGCUCAGAGUCUGGGGUACUUUCUGAGCUCGGACGGAUGGUGGAGGAUCAUCCUCGGCGUGGGUGGAGCGCUGGGCCUUUCGCAAGGUCUUGGCUGCUUUUUUAUGCCAGAGACGCCGGCCUGGCUCGCUUUGAAUGGAAAAGGAGCGCGAGCUCAUGUGGUGCUCAAGAAGAUCCGCGGUAAGGAUGUGGACCUCAGCUCGGAGACCCGGGAAUGGAAUGUCGACAAUAGUGAUCCGGACGAGCAGGACCGGCUCCUUGCGACGACAGACAACGACAGCCGGGCUUCGGCCCUCUUAAGCUCGCCUGCGCAUAUUGGAUUCCUCGAUGUGGCCAAGGAUCGUCGUUCUCGGCCCGCCAUUAUCGCGGUGGUCGGCGUUAUGGCAGCCCAGCAGUUUUGUGGCAUCAACUCGAUCAUUAUGUAUUCGGUAUCCCUACUCACAGGCCUGCUACCGAUCCACGCGGCACUCCUCACGAUCAUCAUAUCGGCAGCGAAUCUGGUGACCACUGUGGCGUGCUCGCCCCUACCAGAUCGCAUUGGCCGCAAGUCUUGUCUACUGAUAUCAACUAUCGGACAGGGCAGCAGUUCGCUUGUCCUGGCUGUCUCCAUCAUCUAUCGCGUCAAGUGGCUUUCGGCUGUAUCUGUGUUGUUCUUUGUGGCGUUCUUUGCUGUUGGACUCGGCCCAGUCCCCUUCAUUUUGGCAGCCGAACUCGUGGACACAGAGGCGGUUGGUGCUACACAGAGCUGGUGCUUGGCUUCCAACUGGAUCGCGACAUUCGUGGUCACACUCCUCUUCCCAAUCGUCAACACCCAGCUCAAGAAUGCGACCCAUGGGGAUGGCCACGUGUACUUUAUCUUCGCGGGACUAGCAGCUCUGUCUGCAGUAUUCAUUUUCUGGAGGGUGCCAGAGACCAAAGGCAAGCGCAGUGCGAAUGAGGUUUGGGGCCGGGAACAUCGUACCGCGUGA